CCCUCCCCAAACAAAAAAUCAAAAGGACCAAUCUGCAUGUUUUUUUGUGGUUCAAACCAUAACCAACACCAUCUUUCAAAACAAAAAAAAGCAAAACAUGAUCCACAAACACUAAAAAGAAAAAACCUUGCAAUUUGCAAAGGUCGUAGAGGAAGGAGAAACAAUGGCAGGCACUACUCCAACGGCCAUAUCUCGUCUCACAGUUGUAUUACCCGCCAACGCUGGCGCACGUUAUCCCCUCAAAAACUCGAACUUCCCUUCUUCCUCUGGCUUAAAUGGCCACUUCCCACCUCCAAUUAGCAGUCUUAGGACUAAUCGCAGGCUCAAAGUCCUUGCUCAGACCGCUGGCGCCCCAUCCAAAGACGUUUCAGCACUCGAACUUGCCGCUAAAGUGGGCCAAGACCGUCUCUUGAAAGUCCCGGUUUCAAACAUCAGGAACUUUUGCAUUAUUGCACAUAUUGAUCAUGGCAAAUCAACUUUGGCCGACAAAUUGCUUGAAAUUACAGGUACGGUUCAAAAGCGUGAAAUGAAGGAACAAUUCCUUGACAACAUGGACUUGGAGAGAGAAAGGGGAAUCACUAUAAAACUGCAGGCAGCACGUAUGCGUUAUGUUCAUGGCAAUGUACCACAUUGUCUAAACCUUAUUGAUACUCCAGGACAUGUGGACUUCUCUUAUGAGGUUUCCCGAUCUCUUGCUGCAUGUGAGGGUGCUCUACUUGUUGUAGAUGCUUCUCAGGGAGUUGAAGCUCAAACUUUGGCCAAUGUUUAUCUGGCAUUGGAAAACAACUUAGAAAUAAUCCCUGUUCUCAACAAAAUAGAUUUGCCUGGUGCAGAUCCUGAUCGUGUUGCCAAGGAGAUUGAGGAGGUAAUUGGAAUGGAUUGUAGCAAUGCAAUUCUAUGCUCUGCAAAGGAGGGCAUUGGCAUAAUUGAAAUUCUUGAUGCUAUAGUUGAAAGGAUUCCUCCACCUCUUGAUACUUCCUCAAAGGCUUUAAGGGCUCUAAUAUUUGAUAGUUAUUAUGACCCUUAUAGGGGAGUUAUCGCGUAUUUUCGAGUAAUUGAUGGGACUAUGAAGAAAGGUGACCGAAUCUAUUUCAUUAAUAGUGGAAAGGAUUACUUCGCUGAUGAAAUUGGAGUUCUUUCUCCCAGUCAGAUGCAAGCCGAAAAACUCUACGCUGGUGAGGUUGGUUACCUCUCGGCCUCAAUAAGAUCAGUUGCAGAUGCUAGAGUUGGUGACACCAUCACUCAUUAUGGCCGGAAGGCAGAGGAACCACUUCCUGGAUAUCAGGAGGUUACUCCCAUGGUCUUCUGUGGUUUAUUUCCUGUUGAUGCCGAUCAAUUUCCCGAGUUACGUGAUGCCUUGGAAAAGCUGCAGCUUAAUGACGCUGCCCUGAAGUUUGAACCAGAGACUUCAUCUGCAAUGGGUUUUGGGUUUCGAUGUGGGUUUUUGGGUCUUCUCCACAUGGAGAUAAUUCAGGAGAGACUGGAACGAGAGUAUAAUUUGUCCCUAAUCACUACUGCCCCGAGUGUGGUAUACCGAGUGUAUCGCUCAGAUGCUGAAAUGAUUGAAUGCUCCAAUCCUUCUCUUCUUCCAGAACCUGGAAAACGAAAGUCAAUUGAAGAGCCGUAUGUUAAGAUUGAAAUGCUUACACCAAAAGACUAUAUUGGUUCAUUAAUGGAGCUGGCUCAAGAUAGAAGGGCAGUGUUUAAAGAAAUGAAAUAUAUCGCUGAGAAUAGAGCAUCAUUAAUUUAUGAAAUGCCGCUGGCGGAGAUGGUGGGUGAUUUUUUUGACCAGCUCAAGUCCAGGAGUAAGGGUUAUGCCAGCAUGGAGUACACUUUAAUUGGGUAUCGAGAAAGUGACUUGGUUAAGCUUGAUAUUCUAAUAAAUGGGGAUUGUGUGGAUCCUUUGGCUACUAUUGUCCACAAGGAUAAGGCAUACGGUGUGGGGCGUGCCUUGACUCAAAAGCUGAAGGAGCUUAUUCCACGUCAGAUGUUUAAAGUACCUAUUCAAGCAAGCAUCGGCUCUAAAGUUAUCGCAAGUGAAGCUAUUUCUGCAAUCAGGAAGGAUGUUUUGGCCAAAUGCUAUGGUGGUGACAUAUCAAGGAAAAAGAAAUUGCUUAAAAAACAGGCUGAAGGGAAGAAGCGAAUGAAGGCUAUUGGUAAAGUGGAUGUGCCCCAAGAAGCAUUUAUGGCUGUGUUGAAGCUUGAAAAGGAGGUGGUAUGAUCAGAUUCGUAUACCUUGUAUAGAAUUUUAGGUGUUAAAUCCAUUUUCUUCAUUUAGAUUGAAUACUGAUCCGCAGUUGUACAUGUACUUCAUAAUCAAUAUCCUCUAAAAGAUGUGAAACUUGUUAGGUUACUAAACAACCUAAAGAAAUCCAAAUAUAAUUUUUUGUAACAAAAAAUCACGAGCAAGAAUCUGAAUUUUGUCUACUGAUAAUGUAUAAUCACAUUGAUAAUAUUAGUUUCUUUUUAGAUG